GAUUCAUACUUACUAAUUAACGAUACGUUAAAGCCUAUGCCUAUGCCUCUGCCCCUGGAACGGAAAUAUAUGCAAUGGCUCCCGUUUUGGUGUUUCUCAUCAUCUUAAUCCAUCUAUGCGUUAUCAUAUUCAUCCCUGCCGGUUGCUGUGGUUCGAUACUAACCUCGGGAAAAAACUCAAAGUUCACAGCAGUCCUGGUAUUUGGGGACUCCACCGUCGAUACUGGCAACAACAACUACAUUGUGACCGUUGCCAAGGGCGACCACCCACCUUAUGGUCGUGAUUUCCCCGGCCACAUUCCCACGGGAAGGUUCUCCAAUGGGAAAUUAGUUCCCGAUUUCAUAGCAUCGUUCCUUGGGAUCAAAGACACGGUCCCCCCAUUCCUAGAGCCCGGCCUAUCAAACAAGGACCUGAAAACAGGGGUGGCCUUUGCGUCCGGUGGGUCAGGGUAUGAUGAUCUGACGACAGUGGUUUCUGGCGCGAUCCCGGUCUCCCAGCAGCUCAAGUACUUCAAGGAGUAUAUUCAAAGGCUGAGGAAUGCCGUAGGGGAUAAGGAUGCUGAGAAGAUAAUUGCAGGUGCGCUGGUGAUCAUCAGCGCAGGAACCAAUGACUUCAUAUUGAAUUUCUACGACAUCCCUACGAGGAGGUUGGAGUUCAACAUCAGCCAGUAUCAAGAUUUUCUGCUAGCAAGAAUCUCAGACUUUGUAUCGGAGCUGUACAAGCUGGGAUGCCGGAAGUUGGUGAUAGCCGGGUUGCCACCGAUGGGGUGUCUGCCCAUUCAAAUGACGUUGAGAUUUGCAGAAAUCAAGGAUCGGAAGUGCGUUGAGGAUGAAAACAUGGAUGCUCAAAUCUACAAUCGGAAGCUGGCAAAGCUCUUGUCAGAGAGACAAGCAGAGCUGCUGCAGAGCAAGAUUGUAUAUGCUGAUGCCUACGAGCCUCUCAUUGAUAUGAUCCACCAUCCCCAGAAGUACGGGUUUGUCGACACAGAUAGGGGGUGCUGCGGGAAGGGAUACAUUGAGGUGGGUCCCCUGUGUAAUGGAAUCACCCGGACGUGUGAAAAUGCAUCGGAGUACCUAUUCUGGGAUGCCAUCCAUCCCACCGAAUCAGCCUACUAUUACCUGAUAAAGUACCUGGAGAAGCAGGUCCUUCCUCAGCUGUUGUUUCAUCCAACAUCCCAAACGUGAUUUGUUGGCUCGCACACACCCGAUAAACAAACAACUUCAUGAUGAGCUCCAUUGCUUUGUAAAAGAAUUAUGCAAUCUAUCCAAUCAAUGCUCUACUCGCUUAGCUUCACGUGCAUAUGAGAAUUCAGAAAUCAGAAGUAACACGAUUAGAUGGCUA